AUGACAACAGUAGAGAAAAUUAAGGCCAUCGAAGAUGAGAUGGCCAAAACUCAAAAGAACAAGGCCACCUCCUUCCAUUUAGGCCAGUUGAAAGCUAAGCUGGCCAAGUUGCGUAGAGAACUUCUGACAGACUCGAAGAAGUCUGGAGGAGGUGGUGGAAUCGGAUUUGACGUGGCGAGAUCAGGCGUAGCAAGUAUUGGGUUUGUGGGAUUUCCCUCCAUUGGUAAAUCCACCCUACUAAACAAAUUGACAGGUGUGGCAAGUGAAGUGGCAGCAUAUGAGUUCACUACGUUGACCUCUGUGCCAGGUAUAAUAAAGUACAAAGGUGCCAAAAUUCAAAUGAUCGAUCUUCCUGGUAUUAUAGAAGGUGCUAAGGAUGGUAAAGGUAGAGGUAAGCAAGUUAUCGCAGUGGCAAGAACUUGUAACAUGAUAUUCAUUGUGUUGGAUGUGAACAAGCCACUACAUCAUAAGCAAGUAAUAGAGCAUGAACUGGAAGGUUUUGGCAUAAGAAUUAACAAACAGCCCCCUGACAUUCUUUUGAAGAAGAAAGAACGUGGAGGAAUUAAUAUCACUACGACGGUCCCUCUUACUCACUUGGAUAAUGACGAGAUCAGAGCUGUUAUGGGGGAGUACAGAUUAAACUCGGCUGACAUUUCCUUCCGAUGCGACGCAACAGUUGAUGAUUUAAUUGAUAAACUAGAGGAACAAAACAGGAAGUAUAUUCCUGCCAUUUAUGUCCUGAACAAAAUAGAUUCUAUUUCCACGCAAGAAUUGGACCUUCUCUACAGAAUCCCAGAUGCUGUUCCUAUCAGUUCAGGAAACGAAUGGAACUUAGAUGAACUUUUGGAGAUGAUGUGGGACAAGCUGAAGCUUGUGAGAGUAUAUACCUUACCCAAGGGAAAACUGCCAGAUUUUGAAGACCCAGUUGUGUUGAGAUCUGAUAGAUGUACUGUGGAGGAUUUUUGUAACCAAAUUCACAAGUCUUUGGUAGCAGAGUUCAAGAACGCGAUUGUUUAUGGAUCCAGUGCCAAACAUCAACCUCAGUACGUUGGGCUGAGUCAUGUGUUGCAAGAUGAAGACGUUGUAACCAUUUUGAAGAAAUAA